UGCUGCAGAACGCGAUGGCCCACUUUCCCACGGCCAUGAAUGGCGGGCCGACCAUGUGGGCGAUUACAACGGAAGAGCGGGCCAAGCACGACAAGCAGUUUGCCAGCCUAAAGCCCGUGGGUGGACUGAUAACCGGUGAUCAGGCCCGCGGCUUCUUCUUGCAGUCAGGGCUUCCCUCAACGGUGCUGGCGGAAAUAUGGUCGCUGGCUGACCUGAACAAAGAUGGCAAAAUGGACCAGCUGGAGUUCUCCAUUGCAAUGAAGCUCAUCAAGCUGAAGCUGCAGGGCCAGUCGCUGCCUAUGGUACUCCCACCUGUCAUGAAGCAGCCGCCAGUCUUCUCGCCAUUAAUGUCCUCCCGUUACGGAAUGGGAAGCAUGCCAAACCUGUCCAUGCCACCGUCUUUGCCACCUUCUAUGCCCCCUUCCAUGCCUCCCCUGUUACCGUUGGCUCCCAUCACAUCUUUGACCUCGAUGAGCUCCUUCCCACCCCUACCCAUGUCCGGCUCGUUCGUGCCUUCUCUCGGCUCUUCGUCGACGUUGCCAAACGGAACCUCCACUCUUUUGUCGUCUUUCCCUGUGCCUUCUUCUUCAACUCUGCCUCACAACAGCUCGUUUACUCGCAUGUCUGGAGGUUUCAACGUCAGCAGCACUAUGCAGAAGACUCAGUCUUUGAUAGACUUGGCAUCCAGCAGCUCCAAUUCUUCGUCCACCACUUCUCUGACUGGUAAUUCCCCGAAGAGCAGCUCCCAGGACUGGGCUGUCCCCCAGGCAUCUCGUUUAAAGCACAGGCAGAAGUUUAACAGUCUGGAUAAAUCGAUGAGUGGCUACCUCACAGGUUCUCAAGUGAAAAACGCACUAGUGCAAUCCAACCUCUCUCACACCCAACUGGCCACUAUUUGGUCUCUUGCUGAUGUUGACAGAGAUGGGAAGCUGAAAGCGGAAGAGUUUAUUCUUGCCAUGCAUUUAACGGAUAUGGCUAAAGCCGGGCAGCCUCUCCCUCUAACUCUACCCCCGGAUCUUAUGCCGCCAUCUUUUCGGGGCACUCUUGAUCCUAUUAACGGGACCCUUCCUUCAUAUCAGACGAUGCAGGAAGAAGAGCCGCCGCAGAAAAAAACCGCAGUGACGUUUGAGGAGAAGCGGAAAGAAAACAUGGAGAAAGGGAACCAGGAGCUGGAGAAGAGACGGCAGCAGCUGCUGGAGCAGCAGCAGAGAGAGGCCGAGAGGAAGGCUCAGAAGGAGCGCGAGCAGCAAGAACGCCGGGAGCGAGAGCGCCAGGAGCAGGAGCGGAGGAGGCAGCUGGAGAUGGAGAGACGCCUGGAGAAGCAGCGCGAGAUGGAGAGGCAAAGAGAGGAAGAGAAGAGGAAGGAGAUAGAGAGGAGAGAGGCAGCAAAGCAGGAACUGGAACGGCAGCGGCAGCAGGAACUGGAAAGAAUUCGGCGGCAGGAGCUUUUUAACCAGAGGAACAGAGAGCAGGAGGAGAUCGUGAAGCUGAAGUCCAAGAAGAAAAGCUUACAGCUCGAAUUAGAAGCUUUGGAGCAGAAACAUCAGCAGAUUACUUUGAAAGUCCAAGACGUCCGGAGCAAAAAGCAGACGAAGAAGGUUGAGCUGGAUGCGGUGGACCGGAAAUGUGAUCUUGGGAUUAUGGAGAUCAAACAACUUCAGCAGGAGCUUCAGGAAUAUCAAAGCAAGCUGGGCAGCCUUAUCCCGGAGAAGCAAGCUUUAAAUGAGAAAGUGAAACAGAUGCAGCAGGGGCAUUCUCCCGAUAAUUCAUACACAGGUUUGCAGGGAAUUCAGAAGAAGACCACUGAGAAGGAUAGUCUAUGCCAAAGGCUUCGCGGACAACUGGACGCGCUAGAGAAGGAGACCACCGCCAAGCUUCAGGAGAUGGACUCUUUCAAUAACCAGCUCAAGCGUGAGAAUUUGGAUGACUCUGUUCUUCAGUGCCUUUUGUCUCUGCUCAGCUGUCUCAACAACCUCUUCCUCUUGCUUAAGGAACUGAGGGAAAGUUAUAACAAGCAGCAGACGGCUCUCCACCAUCUGGAGACAAUCAAGCAGGAGAAACUAAGAGAGGUGGAACGCAAGCAAGAGGAGCAGGCGCGGAAGAAAAAGGAGGAAGAGGAAGCUGCAAGGAAAGCCAAGCAGGAGAAAGAAAACCUUUGGAAGGAAAGGGUAAAAAGAGAAGAAGAGGAGAAGCAAAGACGCCGAGAAGAGGAGCGGAAGCACGAGCAGAUUCUCCUGGAAAAGCAGAGGGCCGAAGAAGAAGAAGCAGCGGCCGCCAGAAAUAAGGAGAAAGAAGCCCAGCAAAAGAAACUGGCUGAGGAGAGGCAACGAGCGGAGGAAGAGGAGAAGAGGAAAGCGGCAGAAAUACAGAGGGAAGCGGAACAGAGAAGGAAAGAACUAGAAGAGGAAAAGCGCAAGCAAGCGCAGCUGAAAAAGGAGGCAGAAGAAAAAUACAAGACUCAAGAGGAAGACAGAAGACAGAAGGACGCGAGCAACCAUAAAGAUUCCGAGCGGCGCUUCUCCAAGCUCAGUUUGGACGAGAAAUUCACCGAAAAGCUUAAAUCUAUCGGCGGGAAGAGCACCAGCUCAGAUAAAGCAAAAGAAGCCAGUGCCAGUGAACGCAGGAAAUCCGCUGCUUUCGUCAACUACACAGCGCUGUACCCUUUCGAGGCAAGAAAUGCGGAUGAACUGAGCUUUAAUGCUGGGGACAUUAUCCAGGUGGAUGAGAAGAAUGCCGGAGAGCCGGGCUGGCUCUAUGGAUGCUUCAAAUUAAAUGUUGGUUGGUUCCCGUCCAACUACGUGGAGAAAAUAUCAGAUGCCGAAAAAGCUUUAUCUCCGAAGAAGGCCUUAUUGCCCCCCACUAUCUCUGUGUCUGCUACCUCACCCUCUGCCAAACCACUCGCGCCAAGUAUGCCCCCUGCAGAGGUGGACUCAGAGUACCAGAAUCUACCUUUCUCCAGCCUUAACUUGAAUACAACAUGGCAGAAAACAUCCGCGUUUACCCGCACCGUCUCCCCGGGAUCUGUGUCACCCGUACACGGGCAGGGUCAGCCGGUGGAAAACAUUAAGGCGCAGGCCCUGUGCUCAUGGACUGCAAAAAAGGACAACCACUUAAAUUUCACAAAGAACGACAUCAUUAUUGUGUUGGAGCAGCAGGAGAAUUGGUGGUUCGGGGAGGUCCGUGGCCAAAAGGGUUGGUUCCCAAAAUCCUAUGUAAAAAUUCUUCCAGGAGCCGAAAAUAAGACCCCGGAACCAGAACCCCUGUAUGCCGCGGUCAACAAGAAGCCUGCAGCUCCCUCAAACACAGCUGGAGAAGAAUAUGUGGCGCUGUACCCUUACUCAAGCACAGAGCCUGGAGAUUUGAUUUUCAACGAAGGAGAUGUCAUCCAGGUCAUUCAGAAAGAUGGCGACUGGUGGACUGGGACCAUUGACGGGAGGACUGGUAUCUUCCCUUCCAACUACGUGCGUCCCCAAGAGCAGGAAGGGUUUGGUAGCGGCAGCAAGACUGGAACAUUAACCAAAAAGCCAGAGAUUGCACAAGUAACCACGGCAUAUGCAGCGACGGGCACAGAGCAGCUCAGUUUGGCUCCAGGACAGCUCAUACUCAUAUUGAAGAAGAAUCCUUCCGGCUGGUGGCAAGGAGAGCUGCAGGCACGGGGCAAGAAAAGGCAGAAGGGCUGGUUCCCAGCGACCCACGUGAAACUAUUAGGACCGACUAAUGACAAGGCAACCCCUGCUUUCGUACCGGUGUGCCAAGUUAUCGCCAUGUACGACUACACGGCAAACAACGAGGACGAGAUGAACUUCAGCAAAGGCCAGCUGAUCAACGUUAUAAACAAAGACGAUGCCGAUUGGUGGCAGGGGGAACUCAACGGGGCGACGGGGCUCUUUCCUUCCAACUAUGUGAAGAUGACCACGGAAUGCGAUCCCAGCCAACAAUGGUGUGCCGACCUGCAGACACUGGACACCAUGCAUCCGAUGGAGCGGAAGCGGCAAGGCUAUAUCCACGAGCUAAUUCAGACCGAAGAGCGAUAUAUGGAUGAUCUCCAGCUUGUUGUAGAGGUUUUCCAGAAACCGAUGGCUGAUUCUGGAUCCCUGAACGAGUCGGAGAUGGGCCUGAUUUUCGUCAACUGGAAGGAGCUGAUAAUGUCCAACACAAAGUUACUGAAAGCCUUGCGGGUGCGCAAGAAAACCGGCGGAGAGAAGAUGCCGGUUCAGAUGAUUGGGGACAUCCUUGCUACAGAACUGUCCCACAUGCAGGCCUACAUCCGCUUCUGCAGCUGCCAGCUCAACGGCGCGAGCCUCCUGCAGUCCAGGACGGACGGCGAUCCGGAAUUUAAAGACUUUCUAAAGAGACUAGCCACGGACGUGCGCUGUAAGGGGAUGCCCCUGUCCAGCUUUCUGCUCAAGCCCAUGCAGCGGAUAACGCGCUACCCGCUGAUCAUUAAAAAUAUCCUGGAAAAUACCCCCGAAACACACCCCGACUACAGUAACCUGCGAUUUGCCCUGGAGAGGGCCGAGGAGCUGUGCUCGCAGGUCAAUGAGGGUGUGAGGGAAAAGGAGAACUCGGAGAGGCUGGAGUGGAUACAGACACACGUGCAAUGUGAGGGCCUCACUGAGCAGAUCAUUUUCAACUCCCUGACCAACUGCCUGGGUCCUCGGAAACUUCUGCACAGCGGGAAAAUGUACAAGACGAAGAGCAACAAGGAGCUCUACGGCUUCCUCUUCAACGACUUUCUGCUCCUGACCUACAUGGUCAAACAGUUUGUGUCUUCGGGAUCCGACAAGCUCUUCAGUCCCAAAACCACUUGCCAGUUCAAGAUGUACAAAACGCCAAUCUUCCUCAAUGAAGUUCUCGUGAAACUGCAUAGUGACCCCUCUAGCGAUGAGCCCGUCUUCCACAUUUCCCACAUUGACAGGGUCUACACGCUCAGGACGGACAACAUCAAUGAGAGAACGGCUUGGGUCCAGAAGAUAAAAGCUGCCUCUGAGCAAUAUCUGGACACAGAGAAGAAGAAGAGAGAGCGGGCCUACCAAGCACGAUCUCAGAAGUCAUCCGGGAUUGGGAGGCUCAUGGUUCAAGUGAAUGAGGCUGCAGAGCUAAAAGCGUGUAAACCCAAUGGAAAGAGUAACCCAUACUGUGAAGUGAGCAUGGGCUCUCAGAGCUACACCACCCGCACGCUGACAGACACAUUGAACCCCAAGUGGAACUUCACUUGCCAAUUCUUCCUCAAGGACAUCCACCAAGAUGUUCUUUGCAUCACAGUAUUCGACAGAGACCAGUUUUCGCCGGAUGACUUCUUGGGUCGCACAGAAAUCCCAGUAGCCAAAAUCAGGAAGGAACAAGACAGCAAGGGCCCAACCACCAAACGUUUAUUACUACACGAAGUGCCGACGGGAGAAGUCUGGGUGCGCUUUGACCUCCAGCUCUUCUAGCUAAAAAAAACAAACCCCACUACUUGACUGAACUCCUGUUCCAAUAUGCACUAGAACUGAAGAUCCGGAACCCGCUCCGGUUUGCAUGUCUCGUCUCCUGAGACGCCUACUCCUGGCCGACUGCAUGAUUCUCUGCUAACUGUCUAUGCAAUCCAUCGUCACUACAGCCACGGUCGCAGUGCCUUUUACCGAGCAAGUGCUUUAGACUUUUACAAACAGAAAUGAUUUUAGAGGGUCAGCAUUUUAAUCUUUCUUACAUUUAUCUAUAUUUUUUUUUUUGGUGCCAGAGCAAGCAAACUAAAAAAUAACACUGUUUAUUAGGGUUGGUGCAAAUGAUA